AUGGGCUCCGCUGUUCUUCUUCAGGCUUUGUUAAGUAUUCCCAAAAUUUCCGCGCAAUGCACACUGCCACAGACAAAGCUGGCCUUUUCAGCGGCGGUGGGCCCGCGCCCCUCAUCCUUAGCUUUGUUUUCCGGAUGUUCUCCGAGUUGUGUUAGCGUGAGUCCUCCAAAAUGGGGGAAAAAUAUGUCUGUGGUUGUGAGGGCUGAAGCGAAUGCAGAGGCAGAGGCAGAAGCAGAAGCAGAUGCUGAAGUAGAAGAAAGCGCUGAGAAUGAUGAAGCUGUUGAGUCUGAAGAAGCUGAGAUUCAGUCCGAGGAGAAGACACCCAGACCGCCAAGAAUUAAGCUUGGAGAUAUUAUGGGGAUAUUGAAUAAGAAAGCAAUUGAAGCAUCGGACAAGGAAAGGCCUACUCCUGAUCUUCGGACAGGCGAUAUUGUCGAGAUCAAACUGGAAUUUUCUGAAAAUAAGCGCAGGUUAUCUGUGUAUAAAGGAAUAGUUAUAUCAAAGCAAAAUGCUGGCAUCCACACAACAAUACGGAUUCGACGGAUUAUUGCAGGUGUUGGAGUUGAGAUUGUGUUCCCUGUAUAUUCACCAAACAUCAAAGAGAUUAAAGUUAUCAAACACCGGAAAGUGAGGAGAGCAAGACUGUACUAUUUGCGAGACAAGCUUCCCAGGCUUUCCACUUUCAAAUGA